AUGUCUUCGACCGGCACCCGAUCUGACCUCCCCGCCACGGGCUCGACCUACCAACCCACAAAAUCCGAGGCCAUCUCCUUUUCGAACAAUAACCCGUUCGGCUCGUCGGGAGGCCAGCACCACCACCACCAGCACCACCAGCACCAAGUCAAUGGCCCUGACCCUACCACUGGCCCUAACGCUGCCACUGCCACCGCCACGACCGCCACAACAGCAUACGACAGCGUGACCCAACCGAACACAGCCAUGCGUGGCGCAGGCCCAGGCACAAGCACAGGCACAAGCAGUGCAAUCCCCGACCGCCCGAACCCGACCACGAACGCGAUCAACCACGCCGACGAAGCCAACCCGCUCCAAGCGCACCAUCGGCCUUCUCUCGCCGCCGGCGCCGCCGCCGCCGGUGAGAAUGAACACCACGGCGCCCCGGGAGGUCUCGGCGGCGACGAAACCAUCCGGAGGCACAGUGUCGCGCAGAACGCGCCGGGCAAGUUAGGCGAGCGGGGAGAGAAUAUCCUUGGGGCGAUUGGGUUUGGGGGCGCCGCGGUCGAGAGGCCCAAGGAGGAUCAGGGCAUUGGCGAGAAGAUUGCCGAGUUUUUGGGGGCUUGA